CGCUUCACCUUUUUCCCCACCUCUCCACCGCAGCAGCCCUGUGCACAGAGACAGGGAGCUCCACCCGGCCUUCAGUCCCCAAGCUCCACCUGCCGGAAGCAUCUACCCCUUACAGCACCCGUACGUCUCACACCUGGGGAUGGAGUCAGGCAGAGAAGGUGGGGCUCCUCGCACGUACACAUGCGCAGGGCCGGAGAAGGAGUACCGCAGGUGUUUCUCGCAGGUGUGCCGAGGAGUUGCGCUGGACUCCAGGGCGGAGCAUUGUGCUGCCUUUAACACCAAGCCGUUCAUGGGUCGACUGUACAACUGGGAACCUUUCACUGAGGUUGGGGCAGACAAGCAGUGCGAGCUGACCUGCAGACCCGCUGGCUAUCGUUUCUACGUCCGUCAGUCAGAGCGUGUCAGAGACGGGACCCCCUGCUUCAAUGUUAGCACCAAUGAUGUGUGUGUGGAAGGACAAUGUCUGACGGAGGGCUGUGACGGGGUGCUGGGCUCCGGCUCUGUGAUUGACAAAUGUGGAGUGUGUGGUGGGCGGGAAACAUCCUGUCGAAAGGUGGCGGGAAGCUUCCACAAUGCCACGGUUCCUCUUGGUUACCACAAGAUCCUGGACAUCCCACCCGGAGCCACAUUCAUCAACAUCACCGAGAGACGAGCGAGCCCUAACUACCUGGCCAUGAGGAGUGGAACAGGGGCUUCCGUGGUGAACGGACGUUGGGCUGUGGACCCCCCAGGGGAGUAUCAAGCAGGGGGAACUACCUUCACCUACACCAGGCCUAGAGCACAGGCGGAGGGGGAGGAAGCAAAGGGCGAGUCCCUCUGGGCACCAGGACCCACAAAGACACAGCUACAGCUAUAUAUAAUCUUCCACAAGGACAACCCAGGCAUUGACUAUGAGUAUUACAUUCCGGUUGAGAAAAAAGAGGGAGAGACCGAAAAGCUAAUGGAGAGAGAGCGGGAGACGCCCAGAGAGGCACCCAGGGAGAGACCAAGGGAGAGAGAGCCAGCGAGGGCACCCCUUCGCAGUCCUCUCACCGUCUCAGUUGAAGACCCUGUUCCUGCUCCUCUUCCCAAUUCAGUCCAUUCUUACCCUUCCUCCUCCUCGUCCUCCUCCUCUGUGUUUUCGCUCCCAACUUCGAACCAGUGGACACCUGAGCGGUCACGCCCACGAGGAUCUGCGCCCAAUAGGAAUGCUCGGAUCCCCCCUCGCACUGACCUGCCACUGGACACCCUGCCGCCAUUUGUGUGGAAGAGAGGUGGCCUCACCGAGUGUUCUGCAUCCUGUGGCAAAGGUACUCAGUAUAGACUCAUCGUUUGUGUAAGCCGUGAUACAGACGAGGAGGUCUCAGAGAGCAAGUGUGACUCUGCAGCCAAACCUGUUCCUGAGGAGGAGCCUUGUAACACACACCCCUGCCCGCCAUUCUGGGAGGCUAGUUCGUGGUCGGAGUGCAGUGUAUCCUGCGGCCCGGGUGUCCAGCAGAGGCAGCUUCAGUGCAGGCAGAGCUUUGGCGAUCGCUCCACCAUGGUUCACCCCCAGCGCUGCGCCGACCUCACCCAGCCAGUGCUGACACAGCCCUGCCAGCUCCGCCUCUGCUCCCACUGGGAGGUCAGCUCUAACUGGAGCCAGUGCUCGGUGGACUGCGGAGUAGGGAAGAGAACAAGGAGUGUGCGCUGUGUCAGCGAUCAAGGUGACGUGGUGAACGAGAAGGAGUGCAGCUCCAGGGCCCGUCCACAGGGAAGUGAGGAGUGCAACAUGGGUCCCUGUGUGACCAACUGGUACUUUACAGACUGGUCCAAGACUUGUUCAGCGCAGUGUGGCCCUGGGGUGCAAAAGAGAGAAGUGGUGUGUCUCACCAGAGGAGGAGUCAGAGAGGGUGGAGAAGGAGGAGACUGUAUUGGGGACAAACCAGCAGAGUUGAAGGCAUGUAACGGAGGCCCCUGUGUGCCAGUAACUAUAUGGUACAGCAGCCCCUGGACACAGUGUAACGUCCCAUGCGGGGAUGGAACUCAGCGACGAGACAUCAUUUGUGUCCAGAAGAUGGGGAACGAUUUCACUGUUGUUCCAGACGCUGAGUGCGCUAACCUGGACAAGCCUGCAUCAGUCCAGCAAUGCAAGAUGGGAGCGUGUCAGGCACAGUGGUUCACCACAGAGUGGAGCGCGUGCUCAAAGUCUUGUGGAAAGGGCUUACAGAUGAGGGAAGUUCGAUGUCUAACACCAGAGAAGAAGCACAGCCAUGAAUGCGACUCCAGCAAAAAACCAGUCCAGGAACAAAUCUGCAACACAAUACCCUGCAGCCCACAAGUCUCAGAUGAAAACUGCAGAGACGUACGUCAACAGUGUGAGUUGGUGGUGCAAGCCAGACUCUGCGUCUACACCUACUACAAGAAAGUCUGCUGUGCCUCCUGUGUUCAGAGUGCCCAGCGUGCCAAGAGACACUGACCGGCCAAUUGCAGACAGCCCCUGUGCGCAAGUAGUGGAGGAUUAGGUCAAAAGGGCUAAUCACCCCAGAAAUGACAAGUCUGUAGAAAUGAGCAGCCCAGAGUAAACACGUGAUGGCGUUUGGAUGACAUUUAGCUUUUUUGUCCUAAAUCUUAACAUAAAACACUGUGAAAGUUCCUCUUAUCAGUACCAGUCGCUUAAACCUGCACCUUCCUCUGAGUUUGCUUCAAUAUACUAUGUGUGUUAGCUUUAACAGUUUGCUGAUUUCCCACACACAGUUUAAUUGAAUUUAAUUGUCCUUAUUUUCACUCUCGGAGACUCAUUUCUGUGACUUACAGGUUGUAAAGAAAGGAGGACACAGCUGUGUUUCAGCAGCAAAUUUAACAAUUUUAAGAUUCCUCCUAAUCUACGGGAUCUUCAAGCAGACAUGCAUACCACUAAUUAUGUGCUAAACGAAUGAUUACCAUGUGUGCUAAGAUCUACUGGAAUAGAUCUGUUAUCAAGUGCCCCACUGAGCUACAGUGGAAAAAAAACCCUCCCAGGCUAGAAGGAUUUUAUUUACAUAUUUUAUGUAUUUUUUUUUCUCUUUGCCAAAAAUAUUUCCUCAAGUGUCCUCUCAGUAUUUGGACAGAUGAACCAAAGGAUUGGGGUGGGCAUAAGAGUUAGUGACCAAAUAUAACAGGGUGGGAAGACAGAGAUGAGACUCUUCCUGAACAAGAAGGUCAGCUGACAUGGGACAGUCAUAACAAAGGUUGCCCACAAAGAAAUUUUUGUUUACAUUCAAACCUAGCUAUAAAGAUUUGUAAUUGCAAAUGUUUUGUUUUGGGUUUUUUUAAUUUUAUAAAUGUAUAUCAAAGAACAAACUGACAGGACAGCUGUUGCUGUAGAAUUUUCUUCUUGACCAAGAACCAAGCAUAUAUCACAUUGUUAGUCUCACUUCCCAACUAUGCAUUUGGCAUACUCAAGAUAUCAUGUAAACCUUUACUUGCCACUAAAAUAUAAACAGCAGGGCAUUACUUAAGCAAGAGUACUGUAGGACGCUGACAGUACUAAAGGACUAACAAUUCAAAGUCUGCAUUUACCUUCCAGCUUCAGCCCGCUGGUUUCGCUCCACCCUCCCUUUAAGCCAACUUUCUUCUGAUUGGCUGCCCCUUGCAAACACAAGCAUGAACAGCAGGUGGGUGGGACUUCACCUGCUGUGUGUCUACAAUGAACAUAUGAAGGAUAUCUCCUUCCAGUGACCUCAUACAGAGCAGAGAGUAAAAAAACUGCCUUAAAUCAAUGUUUAGACCACUCUGAAGCCUCAGGGUUUUGACUGAAUUAAUCUUUUUUAAAUUAUUUGUUAGCUAUGUAUAAUAUUAGCAUCCAUUUUAGCAUUUGCUGCUUUCUUUGGUCAGUCAUUGCUGGUUUUGUACUUUUCAUGACAUUUCCUUUCAUCACAAACCAGAAGGACAUUCAGAAUGUGCAUCCUCUGUCAACCGAUUUCUUUAUUUUUAACAGUUAUAAAUAAACCUAAUAAAACCUAACCCAAACCUAAUAAAUGACCUAAAUUCUCCCCAAAAUUUGACAAGUUCUUAACAUUAUCAUAAAGUCAGCUUCAUAGUUUCUGCAUAAUCUUGCUAAACAAAAGCCAGUGAUCAUAUAUGUUCAAUAGACAAUACAGAAGGUGGCCUUUAACCAUUAAUAAUUACUGAAUGAUUGAUUUUGCAAUUGUUAUGAUUAAGCUAUUAGAAAUGUCUUUAUGUCAUUGCCUUUUUGGGUGGGAAUGUUGAAUCUGUCUAGUGAAAUCAGGUGAAGUAGGAAACCUUAAGGGGACUGAAAAAGUUGCUUUCUUACAUGUAGUCUUCUAGAUAUGAUUGGAUCAUAUGCAAAGAUCCUGCUUUGACCUGAAACAUAAAUAAUGCAUAUCGAAGUGGCAGCCUCUGUAUAUGUGUGUAUGUACUGUUUCAUGCUCUUUCUCUGGCCUUGAUUGUUUUUAAUUUGCCCCCAUUUUCUUUUUCACCUCCCACCCUGACAUAUACUCACACCCAGUCAAAGGUGAGGAGUCUGUAUAUUUGUGAGAUAUGUUUUAAUGUCUAUAAUAUCUCUGAAGAUAGUCGGUGCUUAUGUUUAUAACUGAGUAGAGUUAUCAGAA